UCCCACGCACGGUCACACUGCGACCCCCUGCUCUCCCUCCCGCCGCCCACUAACCCAACGUGUUUGUGUGCAGAAUUUCCACGGUUAAAUAAAACCGACUGAAAAUUGGCAAUCCACCGUGCCACAUUCAGCCCUCGAUUGUCCAACUCUGCAGGAGCAGCACCUCGCCGAAGGACCCAUCGCAGCGGGAUCAGGAUCAGAGGAUCUCCAGCUCCAGGAGCACCGUAGUGGAAAGUCUUCCUCCUCUUUUUUCUCUCUUGGCUGCCGAAGCGUCGCGUGUGCGGAUCUUUCAGCGGUGAAUAACCCACGGCUUUUCGUUUUUGGCCAGCGGAGGAGCGUGUUGCAGUCGCAAACGGGAAGAUGGUUAAAGCUAAAAAGGGCAAGAAAGAGAUACUGACCAAGGUCGAAGGCGGUUCCUCGGCGGACGAAAUCUCCGACGUGGACAGCGACCAGGUGAGCCUCAACAACAAGAAGAACCAGCCUCUGAAAGCCAACAAAGCUGGUCAGGAUGAUGUCCAAGCCCUGACCAAAGGCGUCAAGAAGCUCAGUGUCAAGGGAAAAGGCAAGGCUGCCAAAAAUGAUGACUCCGAUGAGGAGGAGGUGGUGCCCGCCAAGGGUAAGGCCUCCAAGAAGUCCGCUUUUGAGCUGCUGAUGGACGACGACGACGAGGAUGAGCCGGCUGCCCAGGAAAGCCAGUCUGAGGAGGAGGAAAAGGUGGUCGCCAAGCCCCAGAAGAACGAGAAGAAGGGCAAGAAGGCCAAACGCAAGGGCAAGGACGACGACGACGAAGAUCUGGACAAGGUUUUAGCCGAACUCCAAGCGGAAUAUGCCGGCGAGGCUGCUCCUGCUACCGCCACUGUUGUUUCUCCCGAAGAACUGGCCGACGAGUUCUCCAAGAAGAAAAAAAACAAAAAGCAGGCCAAGGCUCCCGUUGCCGCGGCGGAGGACGCUGGCGAGGAUGAGGCCAGUGAUGACGAGGAGGGCGGCAGCACCAUGAAAUCAGCGGCUCAGAAAAAGAAGGAGAAGAAGGAGCGUCAGAAGAGGGAGGCUGCUCUAGCUAAGCAAAAGGCAGCUACGGAACCCAAACCCAAGCCUGUGGAGAAACCUGCCCCAGAACCCGAGCCUGAAGCUUCCGAGGAAAUCCAACCCGAAGCCGUCGAAGAGGAGGAAAAGUCCGGCAAGAACAAGAAGAAGGGCAAGAAGGACAAGAAGGCCGAGACCGAGGAGGAGAAGAAGGACACCAAGAAGAAGGGCAUGUCUGCCGCCAUGGUGGCCGCCAUGCAGGAGCAGCUGAAGAAGCGCAAGGAAGAGGAAGAGCGCCUGGAGCGGGAACAGGCAGAGCGCAUUCGCCUGGAGGAUGAGCGUGAGGAGGCACGUUUAGAGGCAGUGCGUCUGGAGGCCGAAAGGAAGGAGAAAAAGAAACAACGCGAGGCAGAGCGCAAGGCUCGCUUGAAGGCGGAGGGCAAACUGCUCACUAAAAAGCAGAAGGAGGAUAGGGCCAGGGCUCAAGCUCUGCUGGACUCUCUGAAGGCUCAGGGUCUGGAGGUUCCCGAUCCCACCGAGAAGCGACCCGUUCGACUAGGAACCCGCAUCCGUCCGAACAAGAAGAAGGGUCCCAAGGAAGAGGCCGCCGAGGAGGAGGCCAAGGCUGCGGAAGCCCAAGCUGCUGCCGCCGCCGCCGCUGCAGCUGCUGCCAAGAAAGCCGAGGAGGAGGUGGUCAAGGAAAGCUGGGAUGCCACCGACAGCGAGGCAGAGCCGGAAGCCGAGGAGGAAUCUUCUCAGGCCACCAACAAUGGCAAGACCGAGGCUGCCGAGGAAGAGGAUGAGGACACAGAAGACGAUGACGAUGAUGAGGAUGACGAUGACAGUGAUGAUUCUGAUGAGGAGAGCGAUGACUCCCAGGAAAAGGAAACGGCACUGGCCAAUGAUCCAGAGUCACGAAGACUCCGCGCAGAAGCCCGAAUCCUGAAGCGUCAAGAGGAGGCGGAAAAGAAGCGUACGACCGACGAACUCAGAGCAGGAGUGGUUUGCGUCCUGGGUCAUGUAGAUACAGGAAAAACCAAGAUUCUGGACAAAUUGAGGCGCACUCACGUUCAGGAUUCCGAGGCGGGCGGCAUUACCCAGCAGAUUGGAGCCACGAACGUGCCCAUCGAUGCCAUCAAGGAGCAAACCAAGUAUGUAAAGGCAUCCGCUGGAUUUGAACAUCGCUUGCCUGGUCUACUGAUCAUCGACACACCCGGUCACGAGUCCUUCAGCAACUUGAGGAACAGAGGAUCCUCCCUCUGCGACAUAGCCAUCCUGGUGGUGGACAUUAUGCACGGACUGGAGCCGCAAACCAUCGAGUCCAUUCAGCUGCUCAAGAAGAAGAAGUGUCCGUUUAUUGUGGCCCUCAACAAGAUCGAUCGUUUGUACGAUUGGAAGCAGUUGGGCCGACGGGAUGUGAGGGACGUGCUCAAGGAGCAGCAGAGCAACACACAGCUGGAGUUCCAGCAGCGCACCAAGGACGUGAUCCUGCAGUUUGCCGAGCAGGGCUUGAACGCCGCUCUCUUCUACGAGAACACGGAUCCCAAGACGUACAUUUCACUGGUGCCCACCAGUGCAAUUACGGGCGAGGGUAUGGGCAAUUUACUCUUCAUGAUUGCCGACUUCUGUCAGAACAUGCUGGCCAAGCGUUUGAUGUACUCCGAGGAGCUGCAGGCCACCGUGCUGGAGGUAAAGGCACUACCCGGCUUGGGAACCACCAUCGAUGCCAUCCUGAUCAACGGAAAGCUGCGCGAGGGUCAAACCAUGGUUGUGGCCGGCACGGAUGGACCCAUCGUCACACAGAUCCGUUCACUGUUGAUGCCCCAGCCCAUGAAGGAGUUGCGAGUGAAGAACGCCUAUGUGGAGUACAAGGAAGUGAAGGCUGCGCAGGGCGUGAAGAUCGCUGCCAAGGAUCUGGAGAAGGCCAUUGCAGGCAUUAAUCUGCUGAUUGCCCACAAGCCGGAUGAAGUCGAAAUAUGCACAGAUGAAGUUGCUCGGGAGCUGAAGAGUGCCCUUAGUCACAUUAAGCUGGCCCAGACAGGCGUUCAUGUCCAGGCCUCCACGCUGGGUUCGUUGGAGGCUCUUCUGGAGUUCCUGCGCACAUCAAAAAUUCCGUACUCUGCUAUCCGUAUUGGUCCCGUAGUGAAACGCGAUGUGAUGAAGGCCUCCACAAUGUUGGAACACGAGGCGCAGUAUGCAACAAUUCUGGCAUUCGACGUUAAGAUCGAGCGGGAGGCACAGGAAAUGGCCGAUUCCCUGGGCGUGAAAAUAUUCCAAGCGGACAUUAUCUAUCACCUGUUCGAUAAGUUCACCGCCUAUCGCGAGGAACUCAAGCAGAAGAAGCGCGAAGAGUUCCGCUCCGUAGCCGUCUUCCCCUGCAAGUUAAGGAUACUGCCACAGUUCAUAUUCAACAGCCGAGAUCCGAUCGUGAUGGGCGUGAUGGUGGAGAACGGCAUUGUCAAAGUGGGCACUCCAAUUUGCGUGCCCAGCAAGGAGUUCGUGGACAUUGGUAUCGUGACUUCCAUCGAAUCGAAUCACAAACAAAUCGAAUCGGCGCGUAAGGGUCAAGAGAUUUGCGUCAAGAUCGAUCCGAUUCCCGGUGAAUCGCCCAAAAUGUUUGGUCGCCACUUUGAGGCCGAUGACAUGCUGAUCAGCAAGAUCUCUCGCCAGAGCAUCGAUGCCUGCAAGGAUUACUUCCGUGACGACCUGAUCAAGGCGGAUUGGGCCCUGAUGGUGGAACUGAAGAAGCUCUUUGAGAUCUUAUAAGCGAAUUCGCUAGCCAAAAUUGCAAACGUACAACAGACGAGAGAUUUUCGCUAAACAAAAAAAAACUAAUCAAACUACAGACUGUGCGCUUGUGGUGUAUCCUCUCUAAACCCCGAAAAGAGGAUCUUUUCUCCUUAAGCUUAGUUUCAUAUUUUUAUGGUUUACAGCCGUAGUAGCCGUCGUCGCAGUUGUCGCUUGAAGAACUCUGUUAUAAUGGUUUUAAAUCAAAUUUUUGUAAAACGCUUAUUGCGGAAUAUCCAUUUAUUGCCUGCGAUUUUUGUUAGAGCCAACUUAGAAUAAAAAUGCAAAAAUGUUGUACAACGGAA